AUGGCCAAACGCCGAGAAACAGGGCGAUGCGAGGCGAAACAGAAACACGGAAGACGCUUCACCCCGCGCGUUCGUUCGGUCCGUGCACCCUACCUUCCGGAAGACGUGGAAGCGUACGCCGACGAGCUCGCCCCAAACUCGCCCGCGCCCAGAACCAAACGCGACGUCAUCGACGCCCACGCGGUCGCCCACGCGGAGGACGCAUGGCGCGCAAUCGUCGCGCCGGGUGACGACGGUGACGCGUGCUACCUCGGCUUCGCGGACACCACGUUACUCGAUUUCGUCAGCAGAGGCCUCGAUAACAAGCCCGAGAAACGCGUCGGAGAUUUUGAACCGUCGCACCGCAUCGCCGUCUUCACCGAACCCGAAUCCACCGGCGCGGACGGCAACGCACCGCACAGCUCGAGCGACGACGAGGACGACGACGACGAGCGCCUUCCCGACAUGCGACCGCGUUGGGUCAGCGUCGUGUCGCAGCUCGACGUCCUCGACCUGAUGGUGGCCGACCCCGACGCGCUGGGAAGUUUCCCGAGGACGGCGACGAUGGAGUCGCUGGGGUUCACGCGGGGGACGUUCGCCGUCGCCGCGGUCUCGUCCGAAUUUUUCGUCGCCGGGUGCUUCGCGGUGAUGCACAACCUCGGGGUGAGCGGGUUGGCGGUGGUGGAUCGGCGCGGGAGGUUCAUGAUCGGGUCGAUAUCGGCGUCCGAUGUCCGCAGGACGUCGUCGGCGGCGGACCUGGCGGAUGCGCUGGGCUCGAGCGCGGGUGAGUUUCUGCGCGACCGGGUGUGGUCCAAAGUGCCAGGCAGGGGAAGAAUCAACGCCAUGCAAAGCACCAUUUCAAAUCAUCGUCUUCUACGGCGGGUUUUACCUCGAACCUAUCAGUCAUCUUCCCGUAAGCUUCACCUUCGUGGAGAGCUCACGGGACGACGUGUUCGGGAAAUGAAAAAACUUUACAGGCUUCCUCUUUAUCCCAUCCAUGACGUUGCUUCUUACCCCCUGUCUUUUUUUUGGGAACGUGACCCUACUUCCCGGCGGACCUCCGAGACCGCUCGUUCCAAAUCUCCCCGUCGAACCCUCCCCUCGCGCCUACGCGACGAGCUCCGAGUCCCUCGAGCGGCUGAGCGAAUCGCCGACGGGCGAUCCCGCCUGGCGCUCUCGUUGCGUCUCCGUCCCGCCCGACGCCAGCCUCCUGAGAGUGAUGACGGUGAUGUCCGAGGCGAGGACGCACCGGGCGUACGUCGCGAGUUCGCCGAACUCGCGUCCGGUGGGCGUGGUGACGCUGACGGACGUCAUGCGAAUAUUCGCGGUGGAUUCGACGGCGGAGGAGGGCGACUCGGGUCUGACUUGGUGAGCUGGCGAGCGCGGCGAGACGAAAAUUGA